AAAAACCAUACCAAACAUACCCUCUGGCUUCUCUCUCUCUCUCUCUCUCUCUCUCUCUCUCUUUGUUUCCUUCACCACAUCUUCUUCCACAACAGUCCAAACAUGGUGAUGGUUGAAACUAGUCUCUCAAAAUCCAUGAAUGCUAGGACCAUCGGCUCAGGCGAUGAGACCGUGGUUCUGGCACAUGGAUACGGAGGAGACCAAUCUAUGUGGGACAAAAUUGUACCAUACUUAGCCCGGCAAUACCGAGUUGUGGUCUUCGACUGGAGCUUCUCUGGGGCUGUGAAUGAUCCAAACCUCUUUGAUCCUGUCAAAUACUCUACUUUUGAUGCUUUUGCUGAUGACUUGAUCUCUCUCUUGGAGGAGAUGAACUUGAAAUCAUCAGUUUUUGUUGGCCACUCCAUGUCUGGUAUGAUUGGAUGUAUUGCUUCCAUUAAAAGGCCAGAGCUCUUCAAGAGGCUCAUGCUUGUUGCAGCGUCACCCAGGUACAUAAAUUUGGAAGAUUAUGAAGGGGGAUUUGAAAGCUCAGAUGUUGAGCAACUCUUGUCAAGCAUUGAAUCCAACUUCCACCAAUGGGCUUCAAGCUUUGCUUCUCGUGUUGUUGAUCCAAAUGACCCUACCACUGUUGAUAAGUUCAAAAACUCAUUGCAAAGAAUGAGCCCCGAAGCUGCACUCUCCACAGCCAAACUCAUCUUCCACAGUGACCAAAGAGACAUGCUUGAAAAGGUUAUGAUCCCAUGCACCAUCAUCCAGACCACCAAUGAUCUUGCCGUCCCCACCUCCGUCGGAUACUUCAUGCAAAAGAAGAUCAAGGCCAAAUCAACGGUGGAGAUCAUCGACACAAAUGGCCAUUUUCCUCAGCUAACUGCACAUCUUCAAUUCCUGGAGGUGUUGGGUGGAGUUCUUGGUUUUGAGCUUUGAUUCGAUUAAGUAUUGAAGAGGGUGUUUUUAGCUUUCUCCUAAAUAAAAGCCAAUUUGGUCAAAGUCUUUGUAUUCAUAAUUCCUGACCUAUUGGGAUGGUGAUGGGAAAUGGGUGUUGUCUGGGAUGGUUUUGUGGUUGUUAUAGGUUUGAGUUGUAGUCUUCUAGUUAAUAUGUAGAUGUAAAACUUCUCUCAUCACUAAAGGUUUGAAGAGGGUUGGAUGAAAACAGUUAUAUAUAUAUUUGUGUGUGUGAAAGACUGUUUCCGUAAUUUGAAUAUGUAUCCCAAACUGCAAUUAAACAACUUUUCCAUAGUUAAUAAUUAGAUGUAACAAAGCUAUUUUGGAUUGUAAAUAUGGAACUUUGUGGAUUGAAAUUA